AUGGGAAACCACACAAGAGUGACAGUGUUUAUCCUAGCAGGUUUGACUGACGACCCACAACUGAAAGUUGCAUUAUUCAUCUUCCUGCUUCUCAUCUACUUGCUAAGCAUCACUGGCAAUCUGAUCAUCAUCACACUCACCCUAGUGGACACUCACCUCAAGACCCCCAUGUAUUUUUUCCUUUGGAAUUUUUCCUUCUUAGAAAUUUCCUACUCUACUACAUGCAUCCCUAAAUUUCUGGCUACCAUGGCAACUAUGGACAAAAACAUUUCCUAUAACAGCCAUGCAGCUUAAUUGUUUUUUGCCUUCCUUCUUGGAGCAUCUGAAUUUUACCUGCUGGCAACUGUGUCCUAUGACCGCUAUGUUGCCAUCUGUAAGCCCCUGCAUUACACCGCCAUCAUGAACAGUAAAAUCUGCAUACAGCUUGUCCUCAGUUGUUGGCUUGCUGGGUUCUUUGUCAUCUUUCUGCCACUCAUCUUAGGCCUAGACCUUGACUUCUUUGCCUCCAACAUUGUUGAUCAUUUCUACUGUGACACUACUCCCCUCCUGCAGAUCUCCUGCUCAGACACACAGCUUCUAGAGAUGAUAGGAUUGAUCUCAGCUGUGGUGACACUUGUGGUCACAUUAUUAGUGGUGACAAUAUCAUAUACCUAUAGUGCCUUGACCAUUCUAAGAAUCCCUUCAACUGGUCAGAGGAGAAAGGCCUUUUCAACACGUUCUUCUCACACGGUUGUGAUAUCCCUUUCUUAUGGCAGCUGUAUCUUUGUGUAUUUUAAACCAUUAGUCAAACAAAGAAUAUCUUUCUCCAAGGGAAUUGCUGUGCUCAAUAUCUCCAUUGCUUUCGUCUACACCUUACGGAACCAACAGGUGAAAAAAGCCUUCAUGAAUGUGAUACUCAGGGUUGUUUCUUUCUCAAAAAAGCGAAUAUGCUAUUGCAUUAUAUAUAGAGAAAACGAACAAAAGAGUCUCAAAUAA